UCAAAAUUAAAAUGUCAUGUAAAAUUAAAUCCAAGUACAUUUCUUAAUUUACUUUGAAUAAUAAAAUGUCCAGUGGUUAAAACCAAUGUCAUCUUUCAGCUUUAAUUCAAAAAAGGACAAUGGGCAAAAAGUGGUUCACCUUUUGUUUCUUAAAAAAUUAUGGCGAGUUUUGUGUUUAUUACGAAUUGAUUUCUUCCUUUUCCUCUUUCAAAUUGGAACCUCGUUAAUUGCUGUACCUGUUAAUCAACUUGUGCAAGACAAAAUAUGUCUAAACAAUUUAUUCUUAAAUCACUCUAUUUGCAAUGAUAUAACCAAUAUUCAUCCAGCCUUUGACGACGCCAAAAAGGAUAUCUUAGAGGCUUCAACUUUCAUCAAAAGUUAUCAAUACAUAGUUUCAGCAUCUCCAGCAAUAUUUUUGUCAUUAUUUCUUGGAAGAUGGAUGGAUCUUUAUCCAGGACACAUGAAGUACCUUUUAUCUUUACCCUGUUUCGGAGGAUUAAUUCAAAGUUCAAUUUUAAUUUAUCAAGUUUAUUUUUGGCAAAUCGAUGCUCGCAAAACAGUUUAUAGUUACAUUAGUUAUGGAAUCACUGGCGGAGAAACGUUGGUAUCGAUUGGAUCUUAUACUUAUGUUGCUCGUAAAACAGCCAUUGAUUACCGGCCAUUAAGAUUUGCUGUGAUUGAAUUUUUUCGUCUCUCAGCUUAUCCGUUGGCUAAUGCACUAGGUGCUAAACUACUGUCUACUCGACCAUGGUUUGGUUUAGGUUUUCGUAAUUACAUUGGAGUUUUUAUAGUUUUUGGAUUGACAAAGCUGAUAACGGCUCUGUGGGUUCUGGUUACUUUGCAUGACGCCGAGGAAUCUGAUUUAGUUUUCAAUACUGAUCCAGAACAGCCAAUUGAAUGGAGAGGAAAAGAAACCAAUGGCAAAUCAUUUGUUUCCAAUGUUUUCAGCCUAUCAAAUUUGUCUCAAACAUUUCAAACAUUGAUUCGAACUCGUCCCAAUGCUCAAAGGGCUCAAUUGUGGCAUUUAAUUUUGGCUUCUUCUUUAGUCCCCUGGAGCUUACUUUGUGAUACAUUGAUUGGAUUUCAAUUUGCACAGAAAGUCUAUGGUUGGAAUUAUGAAUUUUUUUCAUAUGUUUCUGCAGUAUUUGAAGUUGCUCCAAUGCUUUUCAAACCCAUUGCUACGUAUGUUUUGAUUCAUCGACAUCUUUUUCGAGAUGUAAGCUUGGCUGCUCUGGGCAAUCUAUCAAUGUUUAUUGGCGCUAUUAUAAGAGGUGUCCUCCUUCAACCAUUAGGAUAUUAUAUUACCAUUUUUACCCAUUUCACCAUGAGUUUAGGUCCAAUUGGAUUAAGGUCAAUCAUCACCAGAGUGGUCGAUUACAACGAAAUCGCUCAAGUUUAUGCAAUCAUAUCUUUGGUAUCAUCUAUUUCACCCAUCAUUGGAACCAUUGUCAUAACGAAUAUAUUUGCAGCUACUAUCGAAACCUAUCCAGGAAUAGUUUAUCAUUUCAUUGCUCUGACUUUAAUUUAUCCCUUGAUGGUUAUUCUGGGUGUUGAUUUAACUCAGAGACAUUUCAAUCAUCUAGAAGAAGAGGAUUUAUCUAUUGAUCCAGAGAAACGUCCAAAGUCAGAUUCAUUCGCAAUGGCACAAAUUGAAAAUCCAAAGAUUAAUCACCAACAGAAGGUUCAACAAGUAGUUGACAUUAAAUGUUGAUAUGAAACAUGAUUAAUUCCUACCAUGAUAAGAAAUUACAAAUUUCAUCGAUUCAAUAAGUGAUACGAUCUGAAGUUUAUUGAAAAUUGAAAAUAUAAUUAUUUCAAGAUAAUUUACAGCAAAAAAUGUUUUCCAAAAUAAAUUAAUUUUUAAAAUCUAAACAACAGAUCAUU